AUGGUUUUGUGUUUUUUGUAAAUUGGUGGUAAUGGCCUGAUAGUGAUAGUGAAUCAUUUUUAUAAUUUUUUUUAAAAUGCCAGUGAAGUGUUGUGUCCGUUUUUGUUUCAACUCAACAAACAUUGAAAACGAACAUAAAGUGAAGUUCUUUUCAUGGCCCAAGGACGAAAUUGUUAUUGAGCUGUGGAUCAGGGCAUUUGAGUGUAAUAGCUCUGUUACAGGAUUUACGAAGAGCUUCAAAGUUCAUAAGAACUUACGGAUUUGCAGUCUUCACUUCGAAAGUAAAUAUGUUCACGAAAACACAAGAAGAUUGGGGAAGAACGCUGUUCCUACCAUUUUUCAGUUUUGUAAACGGGCAAGUAUCUAAUAAAAGAGCAUUUGCAUAAUAUUUUGUAUAAAUUGAAAUAAGUUAUGUUUUUAUUUUUAGAAGAAAGCAGAUCCAUAUUCAACUGAUAUGUUUCUUUCCAAUCAUAAACGUUGUGAUUCCACAGACCUACACAGCAAAGUUGAAUCCUCACAACUAACCGAUUGUGACCUGCCAAUGGAUGUUCACUGCCAUCCACCACCAGCCAUUAAUGGUAGGUCCGCAUCUAGUAGAAGUUAUUCCACACCUGAUUCUACUGGAAAUUUGGAAUUAUCGAAUUUGACUAUGGCAGAAUUAGAUUUCAAUGAUUGUCAUUUGACAACUCAUCUUAGCAAUUGCCAUUCACACACCAGUGACCUUGGUCGUGAUAGUGAAUCCUCACAACUAACCGAUAUGGGCCUGUCAAUUGAUAUUAACUUCGAUCCACCUGCGGAUUCCAAUGGUACUUCGACAUCUAAUAGAACUUAUUCCACGACUGAUUGUAUUGCAGAUUCGGGAUUGUCAAAUGUGACUACGUCAGAUUCAAAUACCGGUCGUUCGACAUCUCUUUCGAAGUAUAUCCAAUCCGAGACCGUAGACCUCAAUCGUAGUUUGGAAUUCUCACAACUUACCGAAGACGACCUGUCAAUGGAAAUCCACUUCGAUCCAACUCUCAAUGGUCGAUCCACAUCCAUUGGGGACUACUCUAUGUGUGAUAGCAUUGGAGAUUUUCAAUCCUCUAAAUUGACUGAGAAUCAAUCGAUGGAUUCCAUUAUUCCUGAUUUAGAUAAUACUUGUCAUAAGUAUGUAUUCGAAAAUGCUUUUGAAAGGGGAGUCUAUUUCAUUCUUGAAAACUACCGUUCCUCUGGAAAUGUCGAAGCGGCAAUUCUUCACUUACAAACACUAAAUGAACCAUCUCUUCAUUACCAAAUGGUUCAUGAAUUACUGAUGCAGGCUGUCAGUGACCUAGGCCUAAGUGAAACACGAGAUAACAGACUAGUUAAACUUUUGAUGACACUUGUCCUUCGAAAUCUUGUGACCAUGGAGCACAUUAAAAAGGGAUGUUUUCUCGCAUUUGAAGAACUCAAAGGUCUAGCGUUUCCAACUGGUCUAUUGGAUCUCGUUCGAUUUGGCAAGAAAUGUCAAGAUGCAAAUUUUCUGGACGAAAGAUUUACUUGCAAUAAUUAAUUCCGCUCAACGAGUCCAUUCCGUAACAGAAAUGGAUGCAACAAAUACUACUACUGAAAAUUCUGGAAGAACUAAGGAUGUCAAAAUACUGAAAGGAAGAAAAACUAUCUUGUCAAAAGAUCCAUUAAAGAACAAUCGUAUGUUAGUACGGAAGCUUCGCCAUAAAGUUGACAACCUGCAAAAGCAGUUACAGAAAUAUAAAAAAUUUGGUUGGGAAACCAACAAUUAAUCUACUCAAACGUGAUCGACGGAUGAAGGAUGCUGUUAAAUCUUUAGUAGCUGUUUUCGAAGAAGAGGCGGACCAACAUUCGGAAAGAAAUGCAAAAGCUUCGUUCCUGUUGUGUCAAAUUUUAAAUUUCAUCGAGGCACCCUCAAGAAUACGUUAUUGUCAAUGGACGCUAAAGUAUUCCAUUGCCAUUCAAGGACGUAGUCCAACAACUUAUAGAUUUAUCAGAGAACAUGAUUUGCUGACGGUUCCCUGUCAAAACACAAUUGUCAGCUAUACGGGAACUACAAAGGGAGAAGU